UCUGUCCAUCUUGUCCAUUUGUAGCUUGUGUUUGAGACUUACUAUUGUCUCAGUCGCUUCCAGUUAUUAUAUCUGUACAAAAACAGACAGUCCUUUAUGCUGCAAAUCAGUUUAUCUUAUUAUCAGAAUCAUAAACACGCUGAUUUGUACCACAAACAUUUUUACCAUUUACUGCAUUUUGUUGUUCUUUCAGUCAUUUAUUAAUAAUGGCUAAUAAAUGUGAAGCCUCGCUUAUUACCAAAAAAAAAAAAAAAAAAAACUUAAGGUGAACAGGAACAUCAGAAAUGCUUCUGCAGUGCACUAAACCCUCAAAGUGUCUCAAGAUCAUGGUUGUGAGGUUGUGGGGGUUUUCUCUGAAAGCAGAAGUCAAAGGAUGUGUGAUCCUCAAAUAGAUUGUAAUAGAUACAAAAGUUGACAUACCAGAAGAGCCUGCUAAUCUCUUAGAUCACACUGUGCAUCUUUAUCAGGGCAUUCAAGGUUCAUUUCAUCAGCUCUUGCUCUCGCUGGAUUGUGAUCUGAUCGGGUUUUUCUCUCAAUAUCUGAACCAGAAUGACGGCCGCCGCCACCAUCACCAUCAUCUUCAUCACUCUCUGUCUGAUCUCAGGUCAGGUUCUCUGUUUUAAAGUGAUUGGCUGCUCUGGAGGGAGUGUAAUGUUCAAGUGCAUGAACUCAAACCAGAGAGAGUCUAAUGAUCAGCUUAAAGGAAAGUAUUUCUGCAGAAACAGAGACUGUAAACCUGGCAUCAGUACUGAGCUUCUGCGCCGCUGGGUUUAUAAUGAGAGAUACACUCUGUAUGAUGAUGGAAACAGCAGAUUCUUCACAGUGUUUAUCAGGAACCUCAGCAGAGAGGAUGAUGGGAGAUACACAUGUGGAAACAAUCAGAAAUGGAGUCGUGAUGUUGAUUUAAGGGUGAACAAAAACUCUUCUUCUUGUGGGACGUCUGUUAUCAGAUCUGCAUAUAUUGGUCAAACAAUCACUUUCAGUUGUGAAUAUGAACAUGGGUUUAAAACACACACCAAAGUCUUGUACAGAGUGCACGGAGAUGCUGUGCUUGUGCUGAACAGCUCUCAAUCAUCACAAUCAUCUGAAGAGAAGUUCAUCCUGUCUGACGGUCAGAAAGAUCACUUUACUGUGACCAUCAGAAACAUUUCUGCAGCAGAUGAUGGAGUUUAUUUAUGUGGAGUGGAGAGAGACAGAGCAGAUAAACCACCUUCAAAAAAAUCAAAUACUCACAUAACCUUCAUUAAAGAGAUUGAGCUGAAAGUUCUUCGUCAGAUAACUUCUGUCCAGGUUGAGGCCUACAUCAGUAAAUCAGUCUUCAUCACGUGUGAAUUUCCAGAAGAAUUCAAAGAAAACAAGAAAUUUAUUGAGAAAGAUUCAUCACAGAAGAUUUCUGUUGAUGAACAGAAUCAGUGGAUCCCUCAUGAUAAAGUUCACGUGUUUGAUGAUACCAGUGCAGGAGUUUUGAAGGUUUUUAUCAGUGAUUUAACUGCAGCUGAUGAAGCUACGUACAGAUGUGGAGUGAAUAUCGCUGAUGAUCAUCUGUUCACUGAGAUCAAGCUGAAGAUCAGUCAAGGUGAUAAUUUUCGUGAAUCAAGUGAAUCAGUUGCUGUUAUUGGUGAAAGUGUGAAACUCAGCUGUAAUUACCCUGAGAAACAAGCAGCUCAUCAAACACAUCUGUAAAGAGAACGAGAAGAAGAUCUGUCAGAGCAUCAGUUCAUCAGAGAAGCAGCGCUUUGAGUUUUCUGACAGUACAGCAGGAGUUUAUACAGCGAGCAUCAGUAAUGUGAGCCUGAGAGAUGCUGGAGUUUACUGGUGUGGAGCAGAAACCAGACACGAGCAUCUGACUUCUGUUUCUCUCACCAAUAAACAUCAGCUGACU